GCCCUACGUGCAAAGAGAACCGUCGAGCAACAAUACGAGGAAUCGGUUAGCCGUAUCAACGAGCUAACCACUAUAAACGCGAAUAUCGUCACAUCAAAAGCGAAACUUGAACAAGAGCUAUCUACUCUGGCUGGCGAUUACGAGGAAGUGACUAAGGAGCUGAGAGUGAGCGACGAGAGAUACCAACGGGUACAAACUGAACUGAAACAUACCGUUGAGAUUUUGCACGAGGAACAAGAGCGUAUCGUAAAGAUCGAGGCCAUUAAGAAAUCCCUCGAAAUCGAAGUGAAAAACCUAUCCGUGAGAUUGGAGGAAGUCGAAGCAAACGCUAUCGUUGGUGGUAAGCGUAUCAUCAGCAAACUCGAGGCUAGGAUUCGCGACUUGGAGCUAGAACUCGACGAAGAGAAGCGCCGACACUCCGAAACCGUGAAGAUUCUUCGCAAGAAAGAGCGCAACAUCAAGGAGGUGAUGAUCCAGGUUGAGGAGGAUGCGAAGAAUAUCGCAUUGUUGCAAGAAUCGUUGGACAAAGCGUCCCAAAAAGUGAAUCUCUACAAGAGGCAAUUGCAAGAGCAAGAGGGCAUGUCCCAACAGAGCGUGACCAGGGUCCGCCGAUUCCAAAGAGAACUGGAAGCUGCUGAAGACCGAGCCGACACGGCCGAGAGCAAUUUGACUCUGAUCCGUGCAAAACACCGCAGUUUCGUCACCACCUCCAGCGUGCCCGGUUCUCAGGUGUACCUCGUCCAGGAGACGAGGUCUGACCUAUAAAAACGCCACCACCAUCGACACUCCACCCUUCGCCACUUCGAACGUCACCUUGUCGUCUUUAGAAACGUGUAACGAGCAAACGACGAAAAAAAGGAAGAGCCUCGAUAUAUCAUCGUGAAUUGAAAAGAUCGAGGAGAGUUUUCAACGGGCUGCAUAGAGGAAAAAAAAAAAAAAAAAAUAACAAAGAAUGAAAAGAAGAACGCUAAAGAUGUAUCAUCUUAAUUUAAUUUUUAACUAUGACAAAACUCAACGACCCGUCGAAAAUUCGAAAUAUUUGGCCAACGAAACGCGGUACCCGUCGCAACGAACCAAACAAAUGCAAAAAGGCAUCAUAAAAAAAAAAGAAUCAUCGCGAAGCACAAGAAUAUCAUCCCUAUUUGAAUAAAUAGAUUUAAAAACUUAACAUGUGGAAAAUUAUAUAUAUAUAUAUAUAUACAUACACAUAUUAUAUAAUAUAUACGAGCAAAAGAGAAAUCGACAACGAUUCGUUAUAUCUUCCUUAUUAUCUGUUAUGUCAGCAUCACGAAGCGUAAGGAGUGGAAAAAUAAAUAAAUAAGGAAAAAUAUAAAAGAAAAUAAAAAAAAGAACGCGAUGUAGAUUCAACUAUUUUUCUGUCUCUCUCUCUUUCUCCUUACGCCUCUUUGAUCGCGCGUGUCGCACUUGUAUUUAAAUGGAUUAACUUUAAUUCUUCUAUUAUUAUAUUAUAGAUAGGUAUUAUUGCCCAUACACACAACUCUCACUGUACGACAUACACGAUAACCUGUGUCAAACAAUAAUUUAAUAAAUAAACUGAAACACGUA